GGCGCCCUCGACUUAUGUCACCCCCACUUGGCUAUAUAAGCUCUGCACCGAUUCCCCACUCGGUUUACUUGACCAGCAGUCGUCGCACUUACACAUCAUGCGGGCCCCCGAGUGGAUGAGCACUGAGAUGGCGCGCCUUACAUCGCGGCUGGAACGCUAUAAGCCAGCGGGCAGUGGCUACAACCGCAUACAGCCGAUUCGUCUGUCCAAAAGCGUCACCCAAAUGCUAAACAAUCCGAUGCCACAGGCAUCAGCCGCUGCCACCGCUAGAACGCAGCAGGAGAGCUCCUUUACAACGCCGCGACGGCGCGGUGUCCUUAGUCGCAGCGAAUCGGAAUGGGAGGAGGUUUAUCCUGCCGUCAAGUUCGCCCGACAGGGAAGCAGCGAGAGUGCCUGUAGUGCGGACAGUGAGCUGCGGUUUACCCACUACAGAAAUUGUGCCACUCGAAUUCCCUAAUUAGGGUUUAUAUCUUUACUCCGCUUCGAAAAUUUGUAAAUUUAUAUGUGUUAGAUAUGAAAUAAAACCAGAAAAACCUCUACAA